AUGAUGCGGGCAUUUCGCAGGUUUCCUGUUGCCAAGGCAGCCAAGGUGAUCUCGCCAAGGGCCCUUCCAGCUCAGUAUGUCCGCGCUUUCUCGGCCCAGCCGGAGGCGUUCAAGGCCGCCUACGAAGCCCACGUGGCUGAGCGAGCCGCCCAAGGCGGCCUGCCACCCUUGGCUCUGGACCAGAGCCAGGCUGAAUCUGUGGUCGAGAUGUUGAAGAAGGCUCCUGCCGAUGGCGCUUUUUACGUUGACCUCCUGCGCAACCGCACGAACCCGGGAGUCGAUGACUCCAGCUAUGUGAAGGCAAACUUCCUCCGUGACAUCAUCCACGGCACCGUCUCGACGCCCUUGGUGUCGAAGGCGGAUGCAGUAGAGAUGCUCGGAUGGAUGCAGGGAGGGUACAACGUCGCCCCACUGGUCGAGGCGCUGGACCUCGACCAGGAACUUGCCGCCGGGGCUGUCUCUGGCCUCAGCCGCAUGAUCUUGAUGUUCGACGCUUACCAUGACGUGGAGGACAAGAUGAAGAAGGGAAAUCCUUUUGCCAAGCAGGUGAUCGAGUCCUGGGCAAGCGCUGAUUGGUUCACGAGUCGCCCCUCCGUUCCUGAAAAGGUGACUCUGUGCGUGUUUAAAGUAACCGGCGAGACGAACACCGACGACCUUUCGCCGGCCCCGGAUGCCUGGUCUCGCCCAGACAUCCCGCUGCACGCCCUGGCGAUGCUGAAGUUUCCUCGUGACGGCAUCACCAAUGCCGCGCAGCAGAUCGCAGACCUGAAAACGAAAGGCCACCAGCUCGCCUACGUCGGAGACGUUGUGGGCACGGGCUCUUCACGUAAGUCGGCCACGAACUCGAUCCUCUGGUACAUGGGCCAAGACAUCCCUUGCGCUCCGAACAAGCGCACCGGCGGCUUCGUGAUCGGCGGCGUGAUUGCGCCCAUCUUUUUCAACACCAUGGAGGACUCUGGUGCACUGCCUUUGGAGAUGGAUGUCAAAGACAUGAACAUGGGCGACCUCAUCGAUCUGUGCGUCUAUGAGCAAGUCAUCAAGAAGCACGGCACCGACGAGGUCCUCACCAAGUUCGACCUCAAGCACGGCUUGAUGCUGGACCAGGUGCAGGCGGGCGGCCGCAUCCCUUUGAUCAUCGGCCGUGGGCUCACCAACAAGGCCCGCGAGAGCCUCAACCUGGGCAUGUCCACCACCUUCAAGCAGAUGGCCCAGCCAGAUGUCAACGUGAAGGGCUUCACGCUGGCUCAGAAGAUGGUGGGCAAGGCCUGUGGCGUUGACGGCGUUGUGCCGGGAGCCUACUGCGAGCCCCGCAUGGGAACUGUGGGCUCUCAGGACACCACUGGGCCCAUGACUCGCGAUGAGCUGAAGGAUUUGGCUUGCCUGGGAUUCCAGGCAGACCUGGUGAUGCAGUCUUUCUGCCACACCGCCGCCUACCCAAAGCCCGUGGAUGUGAUCACGCACCGCACCCUGCCAAAGUUCAUCGCGGACCGCGGCGGUGUUGCCCUGCGCCCGGGCGAUGGCAUCAUCCACUCCUGGCUCAACCGAAUGCUGCUUCCCGAUGAGGUCGGGACAGGCGGAGACUCGCACACCCGCUUCCCCCUGGGCAUCUCCUUCCCGGCCGGCUCCGGGCUCGUCGCCUUCGGCGCCGCCACGGGGGUGAUGCCCCUGAAGUGCGAGCAGGCCUUCGAGCUCUCGGAUGCCUCCGCCGAGCGCUCCGCGGCCGGCUGCACCAUCAAGCUGAAUGAGGACUCCGUGAAGGAGUACCUUACUUCCAACAUUACGCUGCUCAAGUGGAUGAUCUCCGAGGGCUACAGCGAUCCCCGGACCCUGGCCCGCCGCGUCAGCAAGAUGGAGAAGUGGCUGGAGAGCCCCACCCUGAUGGAGGCUGACAAGGAGGCCGAGUACGCUGCGGUGAUCGACAUCAACCUGGAUGAGCUGAAGGAAGAGUGUAUUCAGCGGACAGGCCACUACCGUGCCGCCGGAAAGAUGCUUUCGCAGUUCGACGGCCAGCUGUCCACUCGCUUGUGGAUUGCCCCGCCGACCAAGAUGGACGAGGAGCAACUCACCAAGGAGGGCUACUACUCCGUCUACGGAAAGGUCGGUGCCAGGACCGAGAUGCCCGGCUGCUCCCUUUGCAUGGGCAACCAGGCGCGCGUGGCCGACAACGCCACCGUGGUGUCGACCUCCACUCGUAACUUCCCCAACCGUUUGGGCAAGG